CGGGCUAAUUGGCCAGUCAUCAUCGGGCCUGCUCGACCACACCGCGGCGUCCCGUUUUUCCUGAAGCUUCCCGAACCUCACUUCCGCCCUGCAUUCGCUAUUCACCUGAGCAAUACUCCCUACGCACCGCCCUAACGAACCCAAUUGCACUCAUCGAGUUGCCUGAGACAAUUAGAAUGGGUCUCGCCGAUCUCUUUUCUGACGUUUUCUCCUCCUUCGGCUUCGCUGAGGCCCAGGCUGAGGCGCCUCCCGUCGAGGAGAACGACAGCAACAGCGCAGGUGCCGAAGAGCAGGAAGGAAAGUCCGCCGAGGAGCCCACCGAAGAUAACGAGGAGGCUACUGAGGAGCCUUCCGAGGAAGGCGCAGAGGCCGAGGGUGAAACUGAAGAGGAGGGGGAAGAAGAGGAGGAAGAGGAGGAGGAGGAGGAGGAAGUCGAGGACAUCAAGCCAAAGCUCGAAGAAGACUGUGCCAACUCACAAUCAUGCGCGCCAUACAAGCACCACUUUGACGAGUGCGUUGAGCGUGUUACUCGCCAGCAGGAGGAUGAAGAUCACAAAGGACCCAAGGAAGACUGCGUCGAAGAGUUUUUCCACCUUCAACACUGCGCGACCCAGUGCGCUGCACCAAAGCUCUGGAAGAACCUGCGGUAAAGGCUCGGCACAUUUGCAACCAUCCUUUGACGUCGGCAUGAUACAGCACGGUCUCGGUCAAAUACAUUCGUCUAGCUCACUCUUCUCUCUACCUUGUUUACUCGUGGGUUAGUAUGGCAGACAAAGCAAAGUUCGACCGUGACAACGCGGAAGAUAUGGUUUGAAUACGUCCAGGCUGUUCACAUGGUUUUGUUUAACCUUUUGUACCCUUUAUAUCGCAUAACCGGCAGUUAGAACCAUCCCUUUUUUGGUUCUUGUCCAAAGAAAAAAGUGGGAAUAGAAUUGUCAUGUUUCACUUUUAUGUACAGAUAGCAAAGUGACUGUCUCUUAUAUGGAAUAUUUAUACUCGUUUCCUUUUGUUUAGAA